AUGGACAAGAAACCUUCCAAGCCCGAUGUCGCGGCUACUGAAGAGGACCUCAAAAGUCCAAGCACUCGUCGUCCUCGACAACGCAAACACAGACAAGGAGGCGAUUUCCAUUCCAGAGACUCUUCCCGCGACCAUUCUAGAGAGUCUCGGCAUCGUUCGAAUGACUCUCGCGGUACACGUUCCAGGUCUCGAGAUCAUUCUAGAGACUCUCAUCGUUCGAAAGAGUCUCAUGCUAGCAGGGACCGUUCCACAGAUGGCUCUCGAUCUCCGACUCGCCCUGAACACCGUGACCGAGAAGCCAAACGCCGAACACGCGGAGGUCGCAAGGAGCCUUCGGCUGCUCCUGGUGCCACUACCAUGGGAGUGGUCGCAGUCAAAGAUCGCCGUGAAAAUGACAAACGUCACGCAGACGACAGAAAUUGUUCGGGAGACUUAUCUGCUUUGACCAAGGAAGAACGCAUGUCCCGUCGGGCAAGAGAAGAACAAGAUGCCAAGCGCCGCGCCAAGGAAGGAAGAUCAGUUCAUGACAGAAGUCGAAAUGCUGCAUGCACAGCGACAAGAGAGUCAAGAGAUCGCGAUGCCAAGCGUCGGACCCAGGAAGGUCGUUCGAGAGGACCAGCUGCCCCUGGAGUUAUGUCCUCCUCGAACAGAGACCCGACUGAAGUUCGGCGCAAAAACAAGCAGCAAAGGCACAAUGGAGCAUCUAGGUCCCAUUCAGCUCAUCAUGCAAAGAGUUUGGAUUCAGAGCCUUCCAAGACUGUGGAACCAGUUGCCACUGCAGCCAUGGGCGAUGAUGGCAAAGUCGCCGUCGAAGCAACUGCCAUCGAUGAAGAAGCCGAAGAAAUUGAACGGAUGAAGGCACUGCAAGAGCAAAAUAGGGCUCUUGCCCAACGAGUGGAACAGUUGGUGGCAAGGAACGGCGAAGCCGGCCAAGUUGCAGAUAAAGAUAAGGAGGCCGAAGAGCAAGAAGUACAAAGACUAAGAGCUAAAAAAGCCAAAACUAAAAAACGCAACAUUUGCAUCUUGGUCGUUUUGGUUCUUGCCAUUGUCAGUGGUGUUGCUGGAUACCUCUUGAGUCAAAAGUCCAGCGGCGCUACUACUCCUGUUGAAACCACUGGCAGUGAAGAUUCGACAAAUAACGACAAAACUACAGCAGCUCCAAUGGUAUCAGUGGUCGAAAGCCAACCUCCAGUUACCAGCAAUGUUCCUGAAGAGGAGCCUUCGAGUGCGCCCACCAUUCAAGCUUACAAAGCUCCCAGUGAGGAGGACUGUUUCCGAAUCAAAAGUGGGCUCCCUAUCGAUCACCAAGAGCAAUUUGAGGACCGACCAUUUCAAAUUGCGUUUGAUAUCACUGUCAAGGAUCCAGGCAUGUCAACCGAUGUUUGGGUUCCUCAAUUCAAGGAGGGCGUGGACAAUAUAUUGGUACCAGCCAUGGUAGGAUGUGAUAUUUCAAGAAGACGAUUGCAACUUGGUGGAAAGGAUGACUUGGAGGAGGCACAACCACGACUUCGAAAAAUGUCCUCCACUUUGGUGGAACAGACAUGGGAACCCGAUCUAGUAGAUGUGGAUGUGGAUUCAGCCAUUCGCUACGUUAUUGCCAAUAUGGAGACUUCCAUUGAUCCCAGCAGAGAUGUUACUGCCGAUUGUGCCGUGACACAAUCAGGCUGCAACAAUGUAAAAGUAUUGAUGCAACUCUUCUUGAAGGGCGAAGAAAAAGGAUUUGACAUUAUCGCUUUGAUUGCACAAAUUUUAGCGUCCUUGGCAGCACAAGACAACAAUGACAACCGAAGAGAAUUGGAAAGCGGCCAUGGCCAGGAACACCAUCGAAGAUUGUUGGCGAACAUCCUUGGCUUGGACCCAGAUAUAUUUGAAGCUGUCGGCUAUCGAGGUAUUGAAAACGUUGAUCCAACAACAUUGCCAAGUAUCAGUCCCAGUCAAGUGCCUUCAAUGGUUCCUAGUAUUGUGCCCUCUUGGGUUCCUAGUAUUGUGCCCUCUAGAGUUCCAUCUAUCGCUCCAUCCAAUGAGCCAACACAAUUCCCAACGUCAGGACCCAGCGGGACGCCCUCUACCAAGCCCACACCUGGUCCAACCGAACGGCCAACAUCUGGUCCUAGUCCCCGUCCGACUCCUGCCCCUACUCUCGGCCCAACACCUUCACCAACACCGGGCCCGACAUCCGCUCCAGAGCCUCGCCCAAGUUUAGCUCCAGAGCCUCGUCCAAGUCUAUCUCCAGUACCUGCACCAUCCUAUGAUCCUUAUGGGGGACCAUCAUAUGAUCCAUACGGCGGAGGACCUUCGUAUGAUCCUUAUGGAGAACCAUCCUACGAUCCUUAUGGAGGACCAUCUCAUGAUCCAUACGGAGGACCAUCAUAUGAUCCUUAUGGAGGACCAUCAUAUGAUCCUUAUGGAGGACCACCCUAUGAUCCUUAUAGUGGACCAUCCUACGAGGAUCCCUACAGUCCUGGAUUCCGCGAGAGGAAGCUUGCGACUUUGGCAACGCCCAAGGCGUGUACAGACGACGAAACCUGGAAAGACGACAAGGGUCGAGGGUGUUAUUGGUACCAAGCGAAUGAUGAAAAAGGUUGCCCAAACUAUGGAUUUGAUUCGUUUACUCCAUGCUCCAAACCAAUUGGAUUUUGUUAUCCGUAUGAUGCAUGCUGCUUUUGCAACCAAGAAGAAUAUGCCAACAAUUAA